AGCAACUAAUUAAACAUGUUCCAACAUAGAUCAACAACAACACUACUUUCCCUAGUGGUCUUCUUGUUCUUGAUGGCGGAGCCCCGCCGUGUGGGCGGCGCCGGCAGCCCGUCGCCGCGGCCGGCGCCGGAGGACGCAAUUCUAUUCUCGCGGUGGCUAGUGAACCAAAGCUCAUACGGAGUAUUAGCCACCCUCGAUCCGCUGGGGCUACCCUUUGGUAACGUGAUGUCUUUCAGUGAUGGCGGCAAAGGCAUUCCGUAUUUCUACUUGACCACCCUCCUCGACCCCACCGGCGCUUACGCCCUCCGCCGCCCCCGUGCAUCCUUAACCCUCUCUGAGUAUCCACUCGGCUUUUGUACCGAAACUAACGAACCUCAAUGGCCCGUUUGCGCGAAGAUUACGCUCUCGGGAAGGUUGAGAAUAUUGGCUCCAAAUUCAAGGGAAGGUGUGUUUGCUCAAGAUGCUUUGUUCAGAGAUCACCCUCAGUUGGCAGGAUGGCCAACCCAACCAGAGAGAGGGUUUCACUUCUUCAAAUUGGUGGUAGAUCAAAUAUUUUUGGUUAAUCUUAUGGCCCCGGCAAGGUAUCCCAAUGUCAAAGACUACAUUCGCUACAACAAUCUUUGAUCGAACAACACGCACAAGCCUUAACGAGCGAAGAGUAGUGCUUGCAGAUUUCUACAUUACCAAAAUAAUAAAAUAAACGGUGAUCGAAUUUCAUAUAUAAAGUUCGAUUAACUUAUUUCCUACUUCUCUAUUUCUACCUAUGUUAAGAAUCUGUCGUCAAAGUUGUGGUUUGUUUGAAGAAGUUGUGAUUAUAUGUAUUUUAGUUGUA